GCAUUUCAGCAUGUCCCCCUCCGCGACACCUGCCGCCAGGCGUCCCGGGGCGCGAAGGCCAACAAAGCAGGGUGGGAAGAAAAGGUGGAGAACAGUGUGAAGUGGAGGCAGCUGGAGCACAAGGGUCCAUACUUCACCCCUGCCUAUGAGCCCCUGCCUGAUGGUGUACACUUCUUCUACGAUGGAAAGCCAGUGAAGCUGAGCGUGGCAGCGGAGGAGGUAGCCACUUUGUACGGGAAAAUGCUGCACCUCGAGUGUGCGACCAAGGAAGUCUUCCAGAGGAACUUCUUCAGGGACUGGCGGAAGGAGAUGACAGCUGAGGAGAGAAAGCUUAUCACACACCUUGACAAAUGCGACUUUGUGGAGAUCCACAAGCACUUCAUGGAAAAAACUGAGGCCCGCAGGACUCUGCCCAGGGAGAAGAAGCAGCUGGCACUGCGAACAGGAAAUGAGAAGGAAGAGGGUGAGACGGCUGACACUGUGGGCUGCUGCUCACUGCCUGUGGAGCAUGUCCGGCUGCAUGGAAAGGCAGAUGGCCAAGAGCAUGUUGUGGAGCUGGACUUCUUGGGAAAGGAUUCCAUCCGCUACAAUAACCGCGUGACAGUGGAAAAACUGGUGUUCCAGAACCUUCAGCACUUUAUGGAGGACAAAGACCCUGGGGACAACCUCUUUGAUGCACUGACUACUGCCAGUCUGAACAAGCACUUGCAGGGCUUGAUGGAGGGGCUGACUGCCAGGGUGUUCCGGACCUACAAUGCCUCAGUCACUCUGCAGGAGCAGCUGCGGGUAUUGACCAGGGCUGAAGAUAGCCUAACCUCCAAAGUCUUAGCUUACAACCGGGCGAACCGGGCUGUGGCCAUCCUCUGUAACCAUCAGAGAGCAAUCCCCAAGACCUUCGAGAAGUCGAUGCAGAAACUCCAGCAAAAGAUUGAGACAAAGAAGGCACAGGUGACCGAGGCGCAGGUGGAGCUGGAAAAGUCGAAGGCUGACCUAAGAACUCGAGGGGGGAGCAAGUCCAAAAGUUUUCUGCGGAAGCAGCAGCGGCUGCUGAAGCUGGAGGAACAGCUGGCCCGAUUGCACAAAAAGGCCACAGACAAGGAGGAGAACAAGCAAGUGGCCCUGGGCACCGCUAAGCUCAAUUAUCUGGACCCCAGGAUCAGCAUUGCCUGGUGUAAAAGGUUCGGAGUGCCAAUAGAGAAAAUCUACCACAAGACCCAGAGAGAGAGGUUCGCCUGGGCCUUCAACCGGGCAGACAAAGACUUUGAAUUCUAAACAGCCCUUUGCCACUGCCACUUUCUCACUGUGAAACAAUACUGUAGUUUUCUAUAAUAAAAUGUUUUGAGAGAUGG